ACACCAUAGAUAAUAGAUACACAAAGGGUAACACUUUUAUAGGUUAUGAUUAGUUAAGAUAUUUUUCAAAGUGCAACAAUUCAUUAAAACUUGUAAAGCAAUUAACAAUAAUUAAUGAAAUGUUCCCAAUAACAAUUGUAAUACAAAUGUUUGGGUAACAAGUUAAAAUCAUGUGAAAAUUUCUGCAACACUUGUUCACAAUGUUCUUAAAACAAUAUUCUUUACCACAGUUAUUAAAAACUUCUGUUAAUGUUAUUUCCAUAAAAAGCUACAGUAUACAUUCAACAGUUGAGGUGAACCACUUAAAGGAAAAGAUGCCAUUAAAAUUGUAUGUAAAUGACCCAGGAGCAGUUAACACAGCAGCAAGUUUGCUAAAAUCUGGACAAGUAAUUGCUGUUCCGACUGACACAGUAUAUGGGUUUGCUUGCUCUGCCACAGAUUCAUUUGCAAUCAAAGAAAUAUAUAAACUGAAGGAACGUAACAAACUCCAACCUCUGGCAGUUUGUCUAUCAAAAAUAACUGACAUCAAAAACUGGGCUUAUGUACAGCAUUUAUCAGAAGAUUUGCUAAAAUUGCUUUUACCAGGUCCAGUAACAUUAUUACUGAAACUUAACAACAACACAAAAUUAGAUAGUUCACUACAUAUGGAUGGAAAAAUUGGUGUUCGAAUACCUAAUAAUGCAUUUAUUAGAAGUGUAGUUGAAAUGACUGGAAACCCUAUUGCUCUUACUAGUGCAAAUAUAAGUGGGCAUCCUAGUCCUGUAAAAGUAACAGAAUUUAAAGAGUUGUGGGGUAGUAUUGCAUGUGUGUUUGAUGGUGGUACAUUGAAUAAUGAUACAAAUUGUAAAGACAGUUCAUCAACAAUAGUUGAUUUAUCAGAAGCAGGUUCUUAUAAAAUAGUAAGAACAGGAAUAGCUGAAGACAGUAUAUGUUCCACCUUAAAUACAUUCAAUUUAAAAAUGAGAUAAACAAAAUACAACCAACAGGCAUAUGUACAAGGCCAAAAAGCCCCAGGAGACAUUAUUUUUUGUAAAAUACAUUUAUUAACAGUUUUUUUUAAAGAUUAAGGAUAGUCUUAGAAGAAGUGUUAACAUUUGUAUGAUGUUUAUUGUAACAUAAUUGCUUAAAACAUACAAUAUAUGCACAUAUACAAUAA